AUGGCACUCGUGUCAGGUCACUGCCCUGCUCUAUGGAAGCAACAGCGUCAGUGCUACCAACAGCUGCCACUGCAGGGGCCAUCUCCCAUGGUACCCAUGAUCGCACGUGUGUGGGGCGGCGCGGGGGCGGACGCCGAGUGGACGGACGUGCCGGUGACGCCCCUGACCACGUGCCGGGACCUGGUGGACUGCUGCCGGGACCCCGGGGACGAGCCCUGCACGCUGGUCGAGGUCUCGAUGGGACACGAGCGGGCGCUGUCGGACUCGGAGCGCCCCCUGGAGGUGCUGCAGCAGUGGCGCGGCCGCGGGCCCGUCAGGCUCGUGCUGCGCUACACGCUCGACCACGACCACGACCGCGAGCACGACCUCGACCUGGACAACCAGAGGCGGCUCAGCCCCCAUACGCCCCUCCCAUCACAAGAAGGUGUCCAGCCUUCGAGAAAUGGAAUGAAGGAGCCGGGACCCUUCGCUGAUACGGUAAGCAGACCAGUUACUCUUGGAAACGAUGGUGGAUGGCAAAACAGUACACGUUAUCUAGCUAGCGGCGGCGCGGGGCGGCGGUGGCAGACGCAGCUAAAGAUAGGCGGCGGCCGAGUCCGCGGCUGGCCGAGGGAACCCAGCAGUGCGAGCCGGCCCGGCGCGCCGCUCCGACGUGCUGCGUCCGUCUCCGUGCGUGUCUGGUGCGUGGUGCGUGGUGCGUGGUGCGUAGUGCCAGCGUCACAGCGGCGGGCGGUUCGUGGCUGGCUGCUCGGUACUGCGUCUCGUGUUGUCUGCCCGCGGUACGACCGACUGGGAGCUAGCGAACAUGGGGAUGAGUAA